AGGGGAAAAGUUACCACCAAAUUAAGACCACAACAAUCAACCCUCCAACUAACUGGUUUCGUUUUGGUACUGGAUCAAUUGCUAAUUAUCUUGGCAAGUAAGUUUAAUUCCAAGUGCGACACGUUAAAUUUUGAAAACUUUGCCGAUUUAUCACACCUUCGCUUAACAAAUUUAUUGGGUAUUUACUCCCACUUGCUUUUAAUACAUGGUACAGCUUAAACUCUAAUUAUGAUAAAAACAUACUCCAGAAGAAAUUCGUUAACUUCGAUUUCCACAACAACAUCCGCAGCACCAUCUGCUUCUUCCACAACAAUAUCAAGACACGAUCUUUCUACUGAUAACCUUGUAUCUUUAGAUUCGAAGUUCACAAAGAAGUCUCACAAGAAAUCAGUAGUUGGCAGAAAUUACCCAAAUUCACCACAUAUACCCCACGGAUUCGAAAUGUCGUCGUCAAAAAACCUAGCUAGUUCAGCC